AUGGAAACGGAAACCAUUUCCAACAAGAGCCUCUUGUUCUCGUGCUGGGGUCGUCUCAAGCUGAAGCUCCCGUGGCCGAGGAGAGGCGGCGCCGACCGGAGGCGGCACAAGAGCUUGACAGCCAACCUCGACUGCAAGUCCAUCGCCACCACCCUCUCCGUCCCCCAGCCCAAGCCCGUCGGCGGCUUCCGGUACGACCCCCUCAGCUACUCCCAGAACUUCGACGACGGUUGCUGGCGCGCCGACGGCGACGCCCCCUCCCGCGGCUUCUCCACCCGCUACGCCGCCCCUCCCCCUCCUCCUCCUCCUCCUUCACUGCACGCAGGCCGGCCCCAUACAAGAUUUGACGUUUUGGCUGUUGCUCGAUUGAGAGUGUACGAUUUUGUUUUGAUCACUGGAAGCUCCACGUCAAGGGGGAAAAUAAAAAGCACAAAUAAGAUAUCAACUAAGACAUUAGUGGAAUCUAUUCUCUCUCUGCAACUGCAACUGCAACUGCAUAUCCAGAGAAAGCGGAGAGAGAGAGGAUGGCGGCAAUGGCAUCGCUUCUCCGGCGUCUCUCCUCGCCGGCGACCGGCUUCCCCUCCCUCCGGCCCCUCGCCCGCGGGCGGCGGCCUCCGUUGCGCGUCUUCGUUGCCGAGUGAAGCGGUUACGGACAAGGAGUCGGCUCGCGCCACCUGGAUUAAGCAGCUGAAUGAACCGCUGGAGACCAUUGAUCCUGAGAUCGCUGACAUUAUCGAGCUCGAGAAAGCGAGGCAAUGGAAGGGCCUUGAGCUUAUUCCCUCGGAGAAUUUCACUUCGGUGUCGGUAAUGCAAGCAGUCGGUUCAGUGAUGACUAACAAAUACAGUGAAGGGUAUCCAGGUGCUCGAUAUUAUGGAGGAAAUGAGUAUAUAGACAUGGCAGAAACCUUAUGUCAGAAGCGUGCAUUGGAGGCCUUUGGAUUGGAUCCUGCAAAAUGGGGAGUUAAUGUUCAAUCGCUAUCGGGAUCACCGGCCAAUUUUCAAGCUUAUACUGCAUUGCUGAAACCUCAUGAGAGAAUCAUGGCACUUGACCUUCCUCAUGGCGGCCAUCUUUCACAUGGUUACCAGACAGACACGAAGAAAAUAUCUGCAGUUUCCAUAUUUUUUGAGACAAUGCCGUACAGACUGAAUGAAACCACUGGCUAUAUUGAUUAUGACCAGUUGGAGAAAAGCGCGAUCCUCUAUCGGCCAAAGUUGAUAGUAGCUGGUGCUAGUGCCUAUGCACGACUCUAUGAUUAUGAACGCAUUAGAAAGGUUUGUGACAAACAAAAAGCUAUACUGCUGGCAGAUAUGGCUCACAUUAGUGGGUUGGUCGCUGCUGGAGUCAUCCCAUCUCCCUUUGAAUAUGCUGAUGUUGUGACAACUACCACUCACAAAUCACUUCGUGGGCCUCGUGGAGCAAUGAUUUUCUUCAGAAAGGGGGUGAAAGAGAUUAACAAGAAAGGGCAAGAGGUUCUCUAUGACUAUGAAGACAAGAUCAAUCAGGCUGUUUUUCCUGGACUUCAAGGAGGCCCUCACAAUCAUACCAUUACUGCCUUAGCUGUUGCACUCAAGCAGGCCAUGACUCCUGAGUACAAGGCCUAUCAAGAGCAAGUUCUCAGCAAUUGCUCAAGAUUUGCUCAGAGUCUGUUGGAGAAGGGCUAUGAACUUGUAUCAGGUGGAACUGAGAACCAUUUGGUCUUGGUAAAUUUGAGGAACCAGGGUAUUGAUGGAUCUAGAGUCGAGAAAGUUUUGGAGUCGGUUCAUAUAGCUGCAAACAAAAACACCGUCCCUGGGGAUGUGUCUGCCAUGGUUCCUGGUGGUAUCCGCAUGGGGACUCCUGCACUCACAUCCAGGGGCUUUGGAGAGGAGGAUUUUGCAAGAGUAGCUGAUUUCUUUGAUGCUGCUGUCAAAUUGGCCUUGAAGGUCAAGGCUAAUUCUAAAGGAACUAAGUUGAAGGAUUUUGUGGCAACCAUGCAAUCAGAUGCCACUAUUCAAUCUGAAAUUACAAAACUCCGUGAAGAUGUGGAAGAAUAUGCCAAGCAAUUUCCAACAAUCGGCUUUGAGAAGGAAACAAUGAGAUACAAAAACUAAAGGAGUCAUCCUAAUGUUGCAACGUCAACAGUGGAUUUGCUGCCUGCACGCAUAGGCCAUCUCAUGUCUAUUCUUGUGAAAAAGGCUGGAUCUUCGGACAUGGCUGGUGGAUCGGAGGACUCAAUCCUUUUGCUUUCUACUGCAGCAGUUUUCAGGAGAUUUAUAUACUCAGGCAUGAAUGUUACUGACGUCAGUGCCCAGCAAUUGGUCUGAUAGUGUCUGAUUUGUGUCCCUCAAUAUUUGGUAUGUUAUGAAAAUUGAAGUACGUUUAUCAACCCAAUAAAUAAGAAAAAUAAAGGGAAUUUCCCUUCCAGCCAUGGGGCAUAUCAGAGUGCAGCUGGUCUCUUAACUCAGAAGAGGUUAGACAAAGUUAAGACAGACUGAAAAUUUUAAAAUUUUUUAGCAGCAACGCGAACCUGUAACCCAGAUCAAAGGUCGGUGCCUUCUAUCCAUUGUAAUGCACAUAAGAAACAUGUCUUCUUGCAA